GUCACCACUUAUCUCUUUGUUAUCGGUGCAAUCAGCGGCGCUGGUUAUGAGACCACAGUUUUGACACUCUUUCCUCAUCAGGGCCAUCUCUCUUUCAAUGUAACCCAAGCGCAGGCAUUGUCACCUCACGUCCAUCGUCGCGGCAUGCCACGUUCUCCAUGUUCCCCCAAUCUACGAUGAAUCACGGAAGGUCUCCUCAACCCUCUGGUGAUUCUACGUACGGGCGGACUGAACUCCACGAGUCUCCUCCACUCCGUCCUAUCUUCACACCACCUCCAUCUACUGUGAAUAGGCCGCAGCGCAGUUCUACGACCAGACAUCCGCAAGAUUCUUCUACGUCCAUGUCCUGAUUGGCAGUCUCCUGAUCUCCAGACGUGGCCGCUCUAUCACUUGUUCAAUCUCUUCCCGCUCGUCAAAACGCUCAUCAAACUCUCCGGAGCCGGUGAAAAGAUGCCAGUUGUACGAUUGGCAUGCGACGGCUUGUUGGCGCUCUUCGGCGGCCACGAUGUGGGCUAUGCAGUUUUCCGCCUUUAGACCAUUCUGCAGGAUGUUUAGACGGUUUAGCCUCUGUCAUUCGCG